GGCCGACACCAGAAAUAGUCCCAGAAACCAGUGAAACAAACGCAGUGAGUGAAGGAUGGAGAGAAAGCAGGACAGCAGCAGUGAAGGGACGCUGCAGGCAUCUGCCUUGCUAAAGUCUGCCAUGUUGAAACAGAGCAGUAAGACCUGCCUGAACCUCUAUGACCACCUGACCCGGGUACUAAUAAAGGUGAUGGAUGAGCAGCCACAGGAUGUGGUGGACGUGAUCGAGGAUAUAAGUCGUGACGUGAAGCGGGCUUUAUUUGAAGACAAGCAAAGCAUCCUACGAGACCUUCCACAGACUACAGCUGCCGAGCUACUGGCUGAACAGCAACGUCCACUGUUUUCUCGACCAGAGGACAAUGAGCAGGAGGAUGAGCUGCAACAGGAAACACCUCUUCCUAAUGUGAGUGAGAUCGCCUUCUACCUGGAGCAGGCUGGAGUGGGUCUGGGCAGAGAGGAGAUGCAGAGGAUUUUUCUCGCACUCAAGCAGCUUGUUGAGUUGCAGGAGCUCCUGCGCUGCAGACUGUGGGGGAAGAUUCUGGGAACAGUGAGCAGCUAUAUUGUUGCUGAAGCUGAGUGCAGGGAGGGGGAGGAGGAGGAAGAGCAGAUCACUGAUGAAGCAGCUGAGGAAGAAGAGAGAGAGACCGAAACUCAGGAAAGUGACGAGAAUGAGAUGGAUCCUCUUCCUCAGUCGACGUAUAAACCCCCACCAGUGGUUCCAAAGGAGCCCAUAGGAACAGGCACUAACAAGUGUGUUUACUAUGUGUGUAAAGAGCCUGGUCUUCCUUGGGUAAAGCUGCCUUCAGUCAGUCCUGCGCAGAUUGCUGUUGCUCGCCAGAUCCGUAAAUUCUUCACCGGGAAGCUGGACGCACCAGUUAACAGUUACCCGCCUUUUCCUGGGAAUGAAGCCAACUACCUGAGAGCACAGAUUGCUCGGAUCUCUGCUGGCACACAGGUCAGCCCCCAGGGCUUCUUCCAGACUGGGGAGGAAGGAGGUGAUGAGGAAGAUGAGUCACCACGAGACAGCUAUGAAGUGAAUUCUGAUUUUGAGGGCGUUCCAGUUAAUGAGAUGUCUGAGUCUUUGUCCACCUGGGUGCAUCAUGGUCAUCACAUCCUGCCGCAGGGUCGUUGUACUUGGAUUAACAUGGCUGUGAACUCAGAGGACUCAAAUGAGGAAGGAGAUGCUGAGGAGAAAGAGGAGUCUGAUGAACCUGAGCCAGAAGUUGGGCCCCCUCUGCUCACUCCCCUUUCCCAGGAUGAAGAAAUUUUCAACACCCCUCCCUGGACCUCCAAGAUGUCCUCCACUCUCACCCCUCAGCAUGCAGUAGCUGUGCUGCGUUCUAACCUCUGGCCGGGGGCAUUUGCAUAUGCCUGUGGAAAGAAGUUUGAGAACAUAUAUGUUGGAUGGGGUCUGAAGUAUGCAGGGGAAGGGUACAGCCCACCUUUACCACCACAGCCACAAAGAGAAUAUCCCAGUGAUCAAGAAAUCACAGAAGCACUGGACCCGUCACUGGAGGAGGAACAGGCGCUGAAAGAAGUUUUGGAAGAGCAGCAAGUUGCUCAGGAGGAGUUGGAGGACACUGAUGAAGAGGAUGAAGAUGAUGGCUGAGAAAACAGUUACACAUCUUUUCAAGUUUGACCUUUAAGGUAUUUAAAUGUUGGAAUUGAUAAAUAAAAUUUGACCAACAUUUGUCA